AUGUCACCCACUCAUCGGAACGCGUCGGGACGCCUCAUCUCCAUUUUGCAGGACUCGAACGAGACGGACUAUGAGUCUCACAUUGCGCAAAAAUCAGAAUUCCAGUCGCAAGGGCCUCAAUUCGGCUCUUUCGUACUCUCGCACAAUAUGCGAAGUCACAGCUCAUACGCCCCGGCCACCCACAGGGACAGUGUGCUUUCUCACCCAAGCACACCAGACCUGAUGCGGUCCGACUCGUACGACUCUCAAACGAGCAAUGAUCCCGCCAGCCCCGUGACUCCCGGCAGCACUUAUCAGGAGCAACUGUUCUCACGGAAUUGGUCGCAAAACCCCGCGGGCAUGUCUGGCUCAGAUACCUUCUUUACUGCAUCUAAAGCUCAGACUGCUUCGGGUCCUGCUUACCGCGGCGAAGCUCGCCCGGUCCUUCCCCCAAUCUCAUCCUUCACCAGCCUGCCCAGCCCGCGUACAGCAACAAGCCCGACUGCACCAUACCCAUAUGACAACAUGCUUCGCCACCAUUCGUCGCCGAGUCUUGACGAGCACCGCUACCGCCGCGGUGUUCAUGAGGACUACCCGGCGUCUGUGCUCGAAGCUGCACCUGAUGCUACCGUGCAAAGAAACGUCGAGCCCUUCAACGACUACAGCCACCAGGCGCCUUCCCCUUCAUCAGUGGAACAGGAUCGCGCCAUGGACAUCGACGAAGAGGAUGAGCCUAUCGAGAGCACUUCCCCGGGCAAGAAGGGAUCCAAGGGCAAGACCUGCACCUCACCAAAGCGUUACCCAUGCAAGUUCAGGGAGACCUACAGCUGUUACAAGACUUUCACCACAUCCGGCCAUGCCUCGCGCCAUGCGAAGAUCCACACUGCCGAGAAGACCGUGCCAUGCUCUUGGCCGGGCUGCAACAGGAGAUUCACGCGCUCCGACAACAUGAAGCAGCACCUCGAGACGCACAAGAAGGACAAGCCAAGAGCCUCUGCCAGACAGACUCGUCGGCCCUCCCUCGCCGCGAUCCGACGUCAGUCUUCUUCGAGCAGGAGCAGUGUCAGCAGAUUCUCACUCCCUCGCGACACACCACCUCUGAUGUCCCCGAGCGUCGCUCCCACUCUGAUGUCUCCGGGCUUGUCCGCGCCCGCCGAGAGCUGGGUCAGGCCCGCUGCCUCGAGGACACCGAGCAGCGGCCUUGACGCCCUCGCCAUGGUUGCGGCAGAUGAGAGCCGCGCCGAGCAGGAAGCUGCCGCUUACUACCAUAAUUACCAACAACGGCCCCUGCAGCACUAG